AUGGCUGUGGUCCUUCAGGACUACGUGGCCCCCAACUACCGUUUCCUAACCAUACACAGGGGCCAAGUUGUGUAUGUCUUCUCCAAGCUGAAGGGCCGAGGGCGGCUCUUCUGGGGAGGCAGUGUUCAGGGAGAUUACUAUGGAGAUCUAGCUGCUCACCUGGGCUAUUUCCCCAGUAGUGUUGUACGUGAGGACCAGACCCUGAAACCUGGCAAAAUCCAUGUGAAGACAGAUAAAUGGGAGUUCUACUGCCAGUGA